UGGAGAGGAGGGAUGAUCCGUAUCGGCAGCCAAAAGGAAUAAACCGCAAAUAAUUUUCCCUCUUGCAGUGAUUGUGCUGUCUUUUGCUUCCUUUCACCUCUCGUCGUGAUUUACUACUUUUUGGGAGAAGUAUCGCGCAGCUGCAUCUUGGUUUACGAAUUUCUGCAAAUACCAGCUCUCAUCGACGAAACGGAACCGGCCAUAACCACAUCAUCAUUUUUUUCCGCAUAAGUGGUCUAAAAAGACAGGCCCAUCCUCUAGUUAAUUCAACCUCAAAAGACGGAACCAGGAUCUCAAAGUAAAAUCCAAGCACAGCCAAAAAGCAACUCAAGGCAAAAAGUAAGACAUACACACAUUCAAAAAAAAAAAAAACAAUGUCCCCAACAACCCUCCACCAAGGCGCCUCAAAAGGCUUCGCAGACGCAGCUACCUACGACGCCUACCGCCCUUCCUACCCACCCGAAGCCACCCAACGUUUCCUCGAGCACCUCCGCCUCGCCGACGUGCCGCACGCCAAAAUCCUGGAUUUGGCCGCGGGAACGGGGAAGAUGACCGAGGUGCUGGCGGCGCGGCACGAAGGGUUCGAGAUUGUGGCUGUGGAGCCGCAUGAGGGGAUGAGGGCGGAGCUGGAGAGGAAGGGGUUGAGGGGCGUCGAUGUGAGGGAUGGGUUUGCGGCGAGGGUGCCGUUGGGGGAGGAGUGGGGGGAUGGUGCUGUUGUUGCGCAGGCGUUUCACUGGUUCGCAACAGCAGAGUCCCUCAAAGAGAUUCACCGCGUCCUGAAGCCGACCGCCGUGCUCGGUUUCAUCUGGAACAUUGAGGAUUACAACAAGCCAAAGCACUGGAAAGCAAGCACCCCCUGGGAACAAUCCCUCAACGAGCUCGUCUUCACCCUCGGCGGCGACGGCCAGCCGCGCUUCCGCGACUUCGUCUGGAAGGACAUCUUUGACAGCCAGCUCGACGCCAACCCGCUGCGCGCCGUCAAGGACGUCGUCCUCGAGGGCGGGCGCAAGAUGCCGCUGUUUAGCGUGCCCGUGGGCGAGGAGAAGGUGCCGUUUACCGUCUGGCUGACGCCCGAGGCGGUGUGGAACCGGUUGAGGACGCUGAGCCAGGUCGCGGUGCUCGAGGGGCCGCGGGCGGCGGCGUUCAAGGCCGAGCUUGAUGUCAUUUUGGCUGGGAAGAGCGUGGAGAGGAACGAGAAGGGGGAGGUUGCGUUGCAUGGGGUUACGUAUUUUGCGUGGACUUCGAGGUUGUAG